AUGGGGCCCCCGGGCAAUAGGAGAUCAUGGGGCCCCUGUGUCCUUGCCCAAACUCAAAAAAGCCUAUGAAAAAGAGCUGUAUAUAUCAUUCAAAAUAUACAUGGGUGCACUAUAGAUUUCACUUGUGUCUUGAAAAGAGGCCAGGGAACAGCAUUGCAGCAAUGUUACAAGCAGGGGCGGACUGACAACUCAUGGGGCCCCCGGGCAAUAGGGGAUCAUGGGGCCCCUGUGUCCUUGCCCAAACUCAAAAAAGCCUAUGAAAAAGGUACCAGGGGCAUCUCAUGGGGCCCCCUACUGACCCCGGGCCCUCAGGCAGUGCCCGAGUUUCCAAAUGGUCAGUCCGCCCCUG